CACAGAGCACUCCAAAGUUCACUCAGUGUGGUUCGUGCAUGUUUUUGUCUUAUAGGUGUAAAUAUCUGGUCAGAGGACACCGGGACAGCAGGAAGGACAGCAUGCCCCCACUCACACGUUCUUCGUGAGCUUUUUGAGUUGAUACUUUGGCUCCUUCGGGCCUUUCUUCCCUCCCUGCUGUCCUGUAUUGAUGAGAAGCUCCACGGAUCGCUGUGCGCACACUGCUGCUGUCAGACUUCACUUCUCCAGGACAUGGACCGACAGACGCACUAAAACUUUCCCUUUCUUUAGCAAGCACUGACUCGGGCUGCAGGGAGGACCGGCUGCUGCUCAACUUGUCCUGAACUUUUCGCUCUGAGAAGAUAAAGACAUGCAGAAGUUGAACUCGAGCGGGACGCACUGUAACGCGCUGCCCCGGGACGCGGAGCUGCAGCUGCGCCUCGCGGACUCUGGAGGGGCCGGGGAAGGGAGGGAGAACGGAGCGGGGGGACAGUUUCUCCCCCAGACUCAGGAGGGGGGCCCGUUUUGCACCAAGAGGAAGAUGCUUGUCGGUUUGGAUGUAAUAUGUCUUUUUGUUGCCGCCAUCCCAUUUUUUGUGUGUGAACUGACGGCAGUGACUCCGUACAAGCGAGGGUUCUUCUGCGGGGACACCACCAUCACCUACCCCUUCGUGGAGCGGGAAGCCAUUCCUGAUGCCCUGCUCACUAUUGGAGGCAUAUGCAUCACUGGCUUAACAAUUGCAUUGGGCGAAUGCUACCGGGUGCGUUUUCACCGUGUACACUCACGUGCUUUUGUCCAAAACCACUAUGUGUCGUGCCUGUACAAGGAACUGGGAAGCUUCCUGUUUGGUUGUAGCGUGUGUCAGUCUCUCACAAAUAUGGCCAAGCUGAGCGUGGGUCGCCUGCGGCCAUACUUCCUCUCUGUGUGUAACAUUACCUAUGCAUCCAUUAACUGCACCCCCGGCAGCUACAUCUCUCAGGUCAACUGCAGGCAACCCAACCAGAAGUUGGUGGAAGAGGCAAGGAAGUCUUUUUUUUCCGGCCAUGCUUCCUUUGCCAUGUACACCAUGCUCUAUUUGGCAUUCUACCUGCAGGCGAGGCUAUCAUGGCGAGGAGCUCGGUUAGUGCGCCCGCUAGUCCAGUUCCUGCUAGUGAUACUUGCAAUCUACACAGGCCUGAGCCGCAUCUCCGACUACCGACACCACCCCACUGAUGUCCUCACUGGCUUCAUCCAAGGGGGGCUAACAGCAUAUUGGGUGGCGAUUUACAUCUCCUCCAUGUUUAAGCCCUGCACCCGUCCAGACCUGUCUCCCACGAGCAUGUCCCUGGAAAGUCCACUGUCCAGUCAGCAAACAGUCUGCUAGCGGGUGCAAGCAAUCAUUUCAUAAAUCAGAAGAAAAGGAACGAUGAACUGCAGCACAACGGGGAAUAGCAGACAAACUCUCAUAUAAGAAAGGGAAUCGUUGUAAGAGAAGUAUUUGAUAAAAGUGUACAAUCUAACAAAUGCUUACACGUUCUGGCACACUGAUACACAUGCUGUCCUGCACUCGUUUAAUAUAUAUUUUAGGGAUGUCCUGAUUCGUAUUUUUCUUGUCACAGUGAUCUGAGCCUUAAUCCAGCACUUGCAUUGUUUUGCAUUUUUCUGCAGCACAGAUUUGCAGAUUACACACCAUAAAUACAUUAAAGUGAUGGCAACCGUUUUUCUGUGCUAGCUGGGUGAACCUGUUGUAUUCAGCUACGUUUUUUAAAAAACAUAUUUUUUAACGUGAUAGCUCUAUCACUACCAACAAAAGUAACAUCCAAAUUGCAAGUAGCUACUGGACUGCGGUCAUUAUGUACUGAAAAAUGUUUUCGCACUGCAGAUGUUUUGAGACAUUACAUCACAACAGCUGCUGAAUGGCAGCCAUAUUGCCGAGCGGUUGAUGUAAAACCAUAGACGGCAGUUCAACAACAGCGAUCGGAGGCAGAGUGUGGCCGCUGAUCCAUACUACUCAACGAUCGGGACAUCCCUAAUAUUUACAUGUGAAAUUCCAAGAGCACAUACAAGAGCCUGCCCAGUGAAAAGAACUGCAGAGUAUUCUUUUUCAUAUAUAAAUAUAUAUUUUUACAUGCAAUUAAAAACAACAGGACUUUAUAGAUGAUUUUUUUUUUUAAAAAGCUGCUAAUUUUGAAAGCUUCUCUCUGGUGCGGACGCAUUUCAUUUAGCUUUCAGAGCACAUCGGAUCACUUUUUGCUUUUAGGUGAUGGAUGAGAAAAGAGCCUGCCUCCUCUUUCUUUUCGAUGCUCUAGUCAGUUUGGAAAACAUCAACCAGCAGCUGUGAACUGAACCCAGAACACCUCGGCUGUUAAGAACCACAGAACAACGAGCGCUUGCUUGAACUUUUAACGAUCUUUACCUCCAGCUCCUGCUCUAAUCAGACCGCCCUGCAUUGCUUUGACUAUGACCUGUGUGUAAGCAAAGAAAAACAUCAGUAUUCAUGCUGCAGUACAAUGUUAUCAUUUUCUUUUGAGUAACCGAGGUAGUGAGCAGAAGGAAUCUGACCUGGUAAUUUCCCUCCUUCCUCCCUUCCAUUUUUUUCUGUACUAACCACUUUUCUUAGAGGUGGAGGUUUGACUGAAUUUUUGUAACCUCUGACUUUUGGCCCUGGACUCUCUGAGUCUUUUAUCUCUGAAUCUCUGAGCUGCACCUUGAUUUAUGCCACUAAGGCAGGAGAUGUUUGACUGCAACCCAGCCGCCCUCCUGUGCAUCGUAAUUAAUAGCACUUGA